GCAAGUUGCCACAUUUCUGACAUCCCACAGACAGUUUGCUAACAACACAACAAGAGGUUAUCUACAUUGUGAUUCACUGUUUCCUCCCAAAUAAUUCCUCCUAAACGAGUGUAGUCAAAUCAAUCAAAUCUAGACUGGAAUCUGUCUAGAACUGACCCAGCCAUGCCAGCUUACCAUUCCAGCUUCCUGGAACCCCCGAAGCGUGUGGGCAACACAGCUAUAUUGCCAUUGAGGACUAGCUUUCGCGGCCCUGCCCCUCAGCAGGUGAGCGCUGAGCAGGAUAUCAUCGAUGAGGCCCUCUACUACUUCAAAGCCAACGUGUUCUUCCGCACCUACGAGAUUAAGUCGGAAGCAGACCGGCUGCUCAUCUACAUCACCCUAUACAUUACCGAGUGCCUCAAGAAGUUGCAAAAGUGCGCCAACAAGAGCCAGGCCCAAAACGAGAUGUACUCGCUGGCAAUUUCGCGAUUUGAUAUACCAGGAGAUGCGGGCUUUCCCUUGAAUUCCGUAUACAGUAAGCCUGCUGAUCAGAAGGCAGCUGAUUUUAUGAAGGCCUAUCUCACGCAAGUGAGACAGGAAGUGGGGCUGCGGGUUUGCGAGAAAGUGUUUGGCGACAAUGGCAAGCCCAGCAAGUGGUGGCUGUGCUUUGCAAAGAAGAAGUUCAUGGACAAGUCCCUGUCUGGACCAGGUCAGUGAAUGAAUUCAUUUAGGACCAUUAAAUAAAUUGAUGAUUGUUAUAGUGUCCCAAGUGAUACGCCUCUGUGUAAAUCUGAGUACUUUAUUAAUAUAUAUAUAUAUAUUAUGGCA